AUGGCAGCGAUUGCGCCUCUUGCGGGAAGCUUUGCCCUCAUUUUCGGAGGGUGUUGUUCCAAUGUCUACUGUCUGGAAGCCAUUGUAAAGCAUGAACCUGAUAGUGGACUUCUCAUCACCCUCUUUCAGUUCAUAUUUACAUGUCUGUCGACACUGCAUUAUCAGUUUGACCCUAGAUACCGCUUUUUUGUCAAGCCGUCACCAGUUCCGUUUCGAAAAUGGGUCAUCAGCGCCGCCCUGUUUUUCACAGUCAACAUGAUGAACAACUGGGCGUUCGCGUUCAAUAUCUCCGUUCCAGUGCACAUCAUCCUCCGCAGCUUCGGUAGUGUCACGACUAUGAUUGCCGGGUACCUGCGCGGAAAGAAAUACACGCCUGUGCAAAUAUUCUCGGUAGCUGUUCUGACAUUCGGCGUAAUGGUGUCCGCAUGGGCAGAUGCUCAAUCGAAGGGCAAGAAACUUGACACGACGAGCAUCGACUACACCAGCGCCUCCUUCGAGAUGGGAUUACUCAUACUUCUUGCCGCUCAGCUCCUAUCCGCCUACAUGGGCGCGUACGUAGAAGAUAUCUACCUCGAGUACGGCAACCACUGGAAGGCGAAUCUCUUCUACUCGCACUUGCUGUCACUUCCGCUCUUCAUCAACUUUGCGCCCGUUCUCUACAAGCAGUUCACGCGCCUCCAGGCAUCACAGUCCUUCUCUGUCCCGCCAGCGCUCGCAGCGAAUCUUCCACCCACACUCAACAAAGCGCUUGCUUCGACAUCGCAGCAUGUCAUUUUUUUGACCGCCAACGCGGUCACCCAGCUGCUUUGCAUUACUGGUGUCAACAUUCUCAGUGCUAACACCUCUGCGGUCACUGUCACAAUUGUGCUCAACAUCCGUAAGCUGGUAAGCUUUAUGCUCAGUAUUUGGUUGUUCGGGAACCAGAUGAGUGGUCUGAUGAAGUUUGGGGCGGCGAUGGUGUUCGGAGCUGGAGCGCUGUACGGGUGGGAGACGACGUACAAGAUUCCGCAAAGGAAGAAGGCUGCGGCGCCCACCAUGUCCUCCCCAACUGGCGUGCGGCAUCGCGGCACAAAGGACAAGAAGCGACCUACCACGCCCAACCCGGAUGCCAUCGUAGACCAGGUCGACCAUGCAGUCACCAAAGUCAAGCGGGAAUUCAAGGCGAACCAGGGCAGCGAGUGGGACUACAAGCUGGCCAUCGCCGUCAUUACAGUGCUAGCUUUCAUUACGCGCUUCUGGGGCAUCAACCACCCGGACCAGGUCGUGUUCGAUGAGGUACACUUCGGAAAGUUCGCUUCGUACUACCUCCAGCGCACCUACUUCUUCGACGUUCACCCACCCUUCGGAAAGCUCCUCUUUGCCUUCGCUGGCUGGCUCGUCGGAUACGAUGGCAGCUUCCUGUUUGAGAACAUCGGCGAUUCGUACAUCACCAACAAGGUCCCGUACGUCGCCUACCGUGCCAUGCCCGCGACCAUGGGCGCACUGACCGUGCCGACCGUCUUCUUGAUCAUGUGGGAGUCUGGAUACUCGCUGCCGGCUUGCAUAACUGCGGCUGGCUUGAUGCUCUUUGACAACGCCCACAUUGGCCAGACGCGCCUCAUUCUGCUCGACGCGACCCUGAUCUUCUUCAUGGCGUUGUCCGUCCUCGCCUACAUCCGCUUCUACAAGCUCCGCCAUGACCCGUUCAGCCGUAAGUGGUGGAAGUGGUUGCUCCUGACCGGCGUGUCUCUGAGCUGCGUCAUCUCGACCAAAUACGUUGGUGCCUUCACCUUCUUCUCCAUCGGUGUUCCCGUCAUGAUUGAUCUGUGGGACCUUGCCAACAUCAACCGCCGUCAAGGAGCCUUGAGCCUUCCAGAACUGGGCAAACAUUUCGCUGCUCGUGCCAUUGGUCUCAUCAUCAUCCCGUUCCUGCUUUACUUGUUCUGGUUCCAAGUGCACUUCUCCAUCCUCAGCAGGUCCGGUCCAGGAGACGACUUCAUGACCCCGGAGUUCCAAGAGACGUUGAGCGACAACGCCAUGACUCUUCAGUCUGUUGGAAUCGACUACUACGACUCGAUCACAAUCCGCCACAAGGAGACAAAAGUGUACCUUCACAGCCACACGGACCGCUACCCGCUGCGUUACGACGAUGGCCGCAUUUCUUCUCAGGGCCAGCAGGUUACAGGAUAUCCUCACAACGACACCAACAACCAUUGGCAAAUUCUGCCCUCAAAGCCGCUUGAGAGCACCCAGGGACAACGUGUCAAGAUUGGAGAUGUCGUCCGUCUGCGCCACAUCAUCACUGAUUCCAUGCUUUUGACUCACGACGUCGCGUCUCCGUAUUACCCCACCAAUCAGGAGUUCACUACGAUGGGCAUGGAGGAAGCGAACGCAGGCCGCUACAACGACACUCUCUUCGAGAUCAAGGUUGACCCCAAGGGCAAGGGAGACUUCAAGACCAUGUCGUCUCAUUUCAAGCUCAUUCACGUGCCUACCAAGGUCGCCAUGUGGACCCACACCACGCCGCUCCCCGAGUGGGCAUACAAGCAGGCCGAAAUCAACGGAAACAAGAACGUUCAGCAAAGCAGCAACGUCUGGUACGUCGAUGACAUCCCCUCUCUCCCUGAAGAGGAUGAGCGCAAUAAGAAGGAAGUCAAGCAGGUCAAGCACCUGUCCUUCUUGCGGAAGUACAUCGAGCUCCAGCGCGCCAUGUUCUACCACAACAACGCGCUUACCAGCUCCCACCCUUACGCUUCAUUCCCUGUCUCCUGGCCAUUCCUUCUCCGCGGUGUCUCCUUCUGGACCCACAACGACACCAAGCAGCAGAUUUAUUUCUUAGGUAACCCUCUUGGCUGGUGGCUUGCAUCCUCGCUUCUGGCCGUAUUCGCUGGUAUCAUUGGUGCCGACCAGCUGGCUCUCCGCCGUGGCGUAGAAGCCCUCGAUGAGCGCACCCGCUCCCGCCUCUACAACUCUACCGGUUUCUUCUUCCUCACCUGGGCCGCCCACUAUAUCCCCUUCUAUAUCAUGGGCCGCCAGCUGUUCCUGCAUCACUACUUGCCCGCGCACCUGGCCUCCGUCCUCGUCACCGGUGCCCUUGUGGAAUUCAUCUUCAACAUCGAGCCUGUAGAUACGGAGGCCCCGGUCGCCGUCGUCAAGGGCCACAAACGCACGCUCAGCAAGCCUGUCCGCGAGCGGGUGGCCAAGCAGAGUCUGCUUGGCAGCUGGAUUGCUACGGGCGUCAUUCUCGCCGCAGUGGGCUGGUGCUAUCUAUUCUUUGCGCCUUUGACGUAUGGAAGCCCCGGACUCAGCGUUGAACAGGUCAACGCGAGGAAGUGGCUGGCGUACGACCUGCAUUUUGCGAAAUAA